AUGAAGGCCUCCAUAAAGUUCCGCGACGAGCAGAAGCCGCUGCUGAGAGCCAAAGUACCGUUGAAUGUCGCGAAUCUCCCUCUUCAGGCGGGCGUCGUUGCCGGCGAAUCCAAAGAGCUCGCUUUGAACCUCAGCACCUCCAUGGAUUCCGGUCCUUCCCUCCGAUUCUCCUACCGUCCGAACGACUCGAAGAACCCAUUCAGCUUCGUGUUCAAGACCGGUGUCGGGCACUUCGGGUCGCCGGCAAACAGCCCCCUGACGAUGAGCGCCGAGUUCAACCUGAUUGGCGCCCAAAACCCUAGCUUCCUCAUCCACUUCAAGCCCAACUUCGGCGAUUUCUCGCUGAAAAAAUCGCACUCCUCCGACCUCGCCACGAGUCUCUGCGAGGAGGGUUUCGUGAACAACGGGUACUUCAAGGGUGCGGGAUUUUCACCGGCGGAGUCGAAGGCGGUGGUGAGCAGGCUGGUGAAGGGCGUGGAGCUCGGAGCCAGGACGCGAAUGCCUCUUCGUGACCUGGCGAUGGUGAAUUUCCGGUGGGGGCUUAGGGUUCCGCCACAGGAGGCAUCGGAGGAUGAGAUGGAUGCAGUGGUCGUCGGGAGAAGGGGAAGCGACCGUGCGGGCGGGGUUAGGCUGCCGCUGCUGGUGAUGAACAAGAUCGGGAUCGAGCAUGUGGUGAGGUCCAGCUCGAAGGAGGGGAAAGUGGGGCCCGGGGAGAGGCACGACGAGCUGGCAGAGGCGUGUUUGGAUGUGAAGAAGCAGCUGGAGGCAAUUCAGGCUGAGAAUGGGCUGUUGAGCAAGGCUCUUAGUGAUUUGAGGUCGGAUAUAGCUGCCGGAAAAAUGGACUUCCUGUCUGAAAACCACCGGAAUAAGUAUUCGGGCGGGGUGGUUGACCGGAGGGCCAGUGGCGAUAAGAAAUCGUCGGAAGCGAAAGGUUUUGGUGGGGAAGAUGGAUCGAAGGUUGUGUGA